UAUAUAGUAUGGAAAAGGCAUAUCAAAUCCUCAGGACCAAAGCCGUAUGUACUAAGUUGAUUACUUGCCAUCAUUACUCAAACAGCAUUGAAGAUAUAUUGUAUUCUCGAUACCAGUUCGUCGCACAAUAUAGUCCUACCUAGGUAUCUCAAUGCUGUCUCACUCCUUAAAAUAUUCAACUAAGCCGUAUUCCCAAUAGUUGGCUGUUCACUUCUCGACUCUUUUGUAACCUAUCCUCAGUCUUCUUAUAGAACUUAAUAUAUUUAUAACUCCAUAGCGACAGGAAAGACACAACAUUUUAUGCCUCUAAAUAUAAGUGUCUGUAUAUUUUGUGCCGUUUGUGAUUUCUAUAAUCCUGACACGAUGCCUGGGACAGUAUGCUAAUUCAAGGCAUUAUGCAUUGAACGGCUAGUAAUAUGCUUUAAAAGGGGAUAGUAUCAACACUGUAACUCGCGCUAAGAUUAGCUGCGCCACAGUUUUAGGAAACAGUUUAAGGAAAUAAUUUGAAAUAGGGAUCUCCAUUUUCGGAACUUUUUACAUGGCUCUCUUUUGGUUACCAUUCACAACGCAUUUUCAAUCCACUUCUUUAUUAGAAAUUAGAAAAUAAUCAAAUGCCAUAUCUUCAUUGAAUGGCUUCGAUAAGACAAUACUCUUUAUGUAGUUCUAAUGGCACGUGAUGGAGGAGGCUCGAGGCUGACAGCUGUCUGCUUUCUUGCCUCAUAUAUCUGGCUAUCAUCUUCCUUGCAAAGACAUUCUUUAAUAGAUCAGCCACGACUGUCCUCAUUUUUACUCCUAUUCAUCUCAGGCGUCAUAGCUUUUGUAGCUAGCCUGUUUUCAAAAUGGCUUCCAGGCGCAGAUGGUAGAUUUGACUCGGAGGCUGUUCUGAAAGGAAUGCAGUCAUCCAUGCCUCACCGCCCUCGUCGAUUUUAUCUACCAUGUAUCAUAUUUCUCAUCGUUUUCCGACUAGAGAUCGCGCAUAAAGUAAUGAAUGACUUUCAAUGCGCCACCGAAGGCAUAGAGGCGUUUCUUCCUGUACUCCUAGCUGCUUAUGAAUUCUUCUCUCAUCGCACCCCUCAUAUUCCAUCUGAUGAGCCAGAAGAUAUGUGGGGCAGCCCUCUAGAAGACUUCAAGAACUGGCUCAUCAGCUCUCCCAUUACUCUUCUCUUCACUACUGUUAUUUUUAGUUAUGGCGUUUUCAUGGCCGGCGAUCUCGGUGCAAAAUCUACAUAUUUUUGUUCGACCGUGGUGAAUCAGAGCUCAUCUACUGCGCUCAUGCAAUGGCUAGGGAUCUCCGUUGAUGCGAUCAUCAUAGUGAUGUUAUGGAGGGUACUUUCGUGGGCGCGAACUACGAAGAGCCGUCUUCGGACCCUUGGCGGAUUGCUGGUUUUAGCAUCUAUUGGCGUUUCGUUCCUAUGGAUGGUGACUCGGAUCUCCCAGCAUCGCGAGAUCAUCGGCCAUCACCCCUUUAGAGGAAUCGGUUCUCUCUAUUUUUUCGAUGUGUCUAGUACGGCGCUACUUAUUUCCACUCUCAUCAUAUCGACGUCCCUUUGGGUUUGCGAUUCAACGGCAUUGGAACCUACGGCGAUCGCAACUUUCACCUCUGGAAUCAUCGCGAGUGUUCAGAAUGUUCUGUUGAUCGGAACAUAUCAACAGACCUCGGUCGGUCAGCCGCUGGCGGUGCUCUCUAUUAUCUCGCUCGGGUUCGUUCUCUUCACAUACGCAAAUAACAUGAGAUGGAUUGUCUUUUUCAAGCGAGUAUUUCUCAUGUUACUACUUGCCUUUAUUAUAACCACUUCGACAAUAUAUGCUGUAGCAAAGAGUAAACAGCUAGAACGCCAUCCGGUAGACGAUCUUGUCUACAAGAACAGGGUGGAAGCGGAUCGUUGGCUCCGACAUGCGACCGUCAGUACAACAUUAAAACUCGCGGUUACCGAAUAUAAGGAUCGGCAUCAGGGUCGCAAUCCACCGCCAAACUUCGAUAAAUGGUUCGAAUUCGCACAACAACGAAAGUCGGUUGUAGUCGAUAGAUUCGACCAGAUUGAGAAGGAUAUCCUUCCAUUUUGGGGCACGAAGCAACGGAAGAUUCAAGAAGGAUUAGAGCGAUUGAAGGGGCUACCAGACAUCGGAAUCAUUCAAAUUUCAGACGGGAAGGUAUCGCACAAUCAGCCAACAGACCCAUCGCAGAAGCGGAUGUUGGAUGAAGCGGGAUUGAUGAUUUCUAAAUUCGCUGAACAUCUUCCUCCCAUGUCGAUUGCCAUCAAUCUCAAAGAGCGACCGAGAGUCUUGGUUCCAUGGGACGAUAUCCACAGAUUAACCAUGGCGGCUGGGAGCAAGUCGCGGUUUCAAUUAAUCCCUCAUCGCAAACGCGAAAAUGACAACCCCAGGCUAGUAGGGGGUAACCCAAUCGACGUAUCGAAGGCGGAUCUGGGGUCAGUCGCCCAGCCUUACGUUUCCCCAAAGAAGUUUCGGCAACUUGAAGCCUUAGCAUGCCCACCCGGCUCGGCUACCCGCGGAGGUGUCCACUGGGACGUCCGGGAUUUCUGUUCUUCAUGUGUCAAACCGCAUUCCGAAGGUCAGUUUUUGCAAGACUGGGACAUGUUCCUUGAUCCAUGUCACCAACCCGAUAUUUUCAACCUCCACGAUUUACACACUACGCCUCAUCUCUACGAGCUCCACCAGGACCUCUUGCCUCUUUUCAGUGGUUCUAAAACGGAUAGUUUCAAUGACAUCCUGAUCCCGCUUGUUCGUCCUGACACUAAUCAAGAGCGGGACGGGAUCGAGUUUGCUGCCAAAAAAGACAUUGUCUUCUGGCAAGGUGAUGCGAGAGAUUCUCAAAUCGUAACACCCCAAUCCCUACUCGGCGGGCAUCGGCACCGUUUAGUACAUUUUGCAAACAACGCCAGUGCCGUAGACAAAGUAUCCAUGCUCCUCGGCAUCCAAGUCAAAGAAAAAGACAAAUUCCAAUACGAAGGGGUACACCUAAAAGAAGCAAACGGGCCUCUACCAUUCGAGUUCUCUUUUUCCAACGCCGAGCCAUGCGAAGACCCAAAUUGUCAACUAUUGCAACAAGAAUUCGGUUUCAAAGAACCGGGAAACGCACUUGAACAUCGGUAUAUUAUGCUACUAGACACAGCCGACGGCCCACCGCGGGAUUUACUCAGCACGCUUCGGUCUAACAGUGUGCCGGUACUGUCCUCUAUAUUUCGCGAGUGGUACACGGAGCGGCUGAUGCCGUGGGUGCAUUUUGUACCUAUUGAUCUGCGGUACCAUGCGUUACAUAGUACCUUGACGUAUUUUGUAGGGCUUAAGAACAGGGGAACGAUAAACGGGCGUCAGCAACUAACUGAUGGCCGCCGGGAAGAUGCUCGCUGGAUCGCGGAGCAGGGACGGAAGUGGGCUGAGAAGGCGAUUAGAAAGGAGGAUAUGGAGGUGUACUUGUUCCGUUUGCUACUUGAGUGGGGAAGGGUGAUUGAUGAGAAUAGGGAUAAUUUGGGCUUUGUAUUGUAAAAAGUAAUGGUGGGGGUGGCGUGAGAAUAAUAUACUCCGUGAUUGUAUUCUACACCGGUGUGGUUCACUGCCGUCUUUGCUUUUUCUACUCGUAAUUAUCUAGGAUGUGGCUUGCCAUCUGGGCGCUGAGUGACUCCAACCUCCUGAAUUCAGGUGGCCGCAUCCCAUCUAUUCCUAUCCGAGCAAUAAUAUAACGCCAAACGCGACGAUUACUUCGU